AUGCCCUCUUCAUUACCCAGAAUGGUCCUCUCCCCGAUCCUUCGACUCCUCCGACUGUCCGUUCCCGUCUCAGGCUCGAUCCCCAACUCUACCACACCCGCAUCGUUCUUGACUCCCAUAUACCUCGCCCUCAUCGCUUCAUUGCAGAGAUUAGACCUCUCUCGGGAUCCUAGGAAAACACUACAUAAGCUAUCCAAACAUAAAUUCACCAUAAUGAAUACUCUCCCUCAAUUAUUCAUGUUGAUCUGUGCCAUCCAUUCAUUAUGGAUAAUGCACUCUUACAUCCUCAAAUUACUCAUCCCACUCGCAUACAUCACAGCAGUGAUCUUACCUAUAACUGGACAAUUCGUUUGGCCAGCCACACCGGUAUUCUGUUGGUUAUUGUUAUUCUUCACUGCACGAUAUAUAUCAUCAGCGUCCCGACCUACCAUCCACGUAGCUCUCUUACCUGCAUUGGAGAGUGUACUGUACGGAGCGAAUAUAUCGGAUCUACAAACGAGAUAUACCAAUCCCAUAUUAGAUGUAAUCGCCUGGUUACCCUAUGGAGUCAUUCAUUUCUCAAUACCUUUCGUGGUAGCGUUGAUUUUAUGGAUGUUCGGUCCAAGAGGUGCUGUUCAGUUUUGGGGAUUGGCUUUUGGUUGGAUGAAUUUGUUGGGUGUUUUUACUCAGUUGGUAUUUCCCGCUGCUGCGCCAUGGUACGAGAUCAUCCACGGCCUCACACCCGCCGACUACUCCAUGCCCGGUUCACCAGGUGGUCUACUUCGUAUCGAUCGAGUCUUCCAUUCAAGUGGAUAUACCAAUACGUUUGGGAACGCUCCACUUGUAUUCGGUGCGGUCCCUUCCCUCCACUCAGGAUGUGCAGUGAUGGAAGCCCUUUUCCUAUCGCACUUCUUCCCAAGAUUCAAACCUUUCUAUUGGGGAUAUGUAGGUGUAUUAUGGUGGGCGACAAUGUACCUCUCUCAUCAUUAUUUGAUUGACGUAACUGCUGGAGCAUGUUUGAGUAUAUUGGUAUUUUACCUUACCAUGCCUCUUGGAUUUAAAGAUGUAGAUCAAAUCAAUUGGACAAGUAACGAAAGUGUACAAGGGUAUGAGAUGAUCAAUCAAGGUGGACCUCAAAGAGUGAAAGAGGAAUUGGACCUAGAUGAGGAAAUUAGAAAAUUAGAAGAAUCAAUUGAUAUGGAUGAAGAUGAUAUAGCGAGAAAUGACGAAGAAUCCAAAGUACGUGGGAUAGAAAAUGAUACUGUAUUCCCAGGUAAAUUAACAGAGGAACCCGCUGCAAGUGGAAGUGGAGGUGGAACGAAGGAUACUGCGGGUCAAGAGAAACCGAAGAUCAAAAAGAAACGAUCGGUCAGCUGGGGAGAGACAAAAGUACUGGGUGAAUCUGCAGGUGGGGAUAUAAGUGAUCAAUUAGGAGAGAACGCCAAGAAAGAGACGGGCUGA